GUGAAAAAUUGCUUUGGUUUCAACACCACCUUGAUCCUGACAAAAUGGAAUACACAAAAAAAGAAGCUUCUGAAUUAGUAGAAAAUUAUUUGCAGAGAUUUCGUGAUGAGUUGGAGCAGAUUGAACUGCACAACAGCAUUAAAGGACGACAGUCCAGACAGCAUAGUUCCAGGGAAACCGUAAUCAAGCAGACUAUGGAACGUGAACGACAGCAAUAUGAAGGCUAUGGCAUCGGUAUGCUGUGCUAAAAAGUAAUCUGUUAUUAAAAUGUGCCCAGAAUAUAA